AUGUAUAUUUUUGACCGCCACUGCGAGUGUAUUUUUUAUACGGAUUGGAAUCGACACCGAAAAAGUGGAAGCGGUAGUGCUGUUGGUACUACAAGUUCUUCAACGAGUAUGAAUGGUCAACAUGACGGCGAUUCAGGAGGAUCUUCCUCACCAGCUCAUAGUGUGGCAAAUAACCAUCUUACAAGUCAUCACUCUACCACAUCACAACUGACGAGUACUACGAGUAUGUUUUCGGAUAGUCGAUUGAUUAACAUCGAGGAAGAAUCAAAAUUAGUUUAUGGAGUUAUAUUGUCUCUAAGAAAUUUUGUCAGAAAAUUAAGUGGAAGUCAAGACGGCUUUUUAUCAUAUCGUACAUCUAAUUAUAAACUUCAUUAUUAUGAAACACCAACGGGAUUAAAAUUUGUUAUAAAUACUGAUAUUAUGGUCGAUUCCCUUCGACCUGUUUUAAGACAAAUUUAUACAAACUUUUAUGUCGAAUAUGUUGUAAAAAAUCCUUUGUCACCAAUUGAACAUCCCGGAGGUGAAGGGGUCAAUAAUGAAUAUUUUAAAGUUGCAGUUGAUAAAUUCGUCAAAACCUUAUCAAUUUACGAUUCAUAA